AUGGCGCAAACGUUACCAGAAGGAUUCAGUGACUUUGACAUGUUCUCCUUCGGCUCGGUGCUGCUGGUGGGCGGUCUGCUGGGUUUCUUCCUGAACCUUGUCUCCAUCCUGGCGUUCCUGAAUAUGAAGGAGAUCAGGACACCCAGUAACUCCUUCGUCUUCUGCCUGGCACUCGCUGAUCUGGGUCUGAACUGUAACGGACUGGCAUCGGCCUACGCCAGUUACCUGAGAUACUGGCCGUUCGGCCCCGAGGGUUGCCAGAUCCAUGCUUUUCAGGGACUUGUCUCUAUCUUGGCAGCAAUCAGCUUUCUUGGUGCUGUAGCCUGGGACCGAUAUCACAUGUACUGCACCAAGCAGAAGAUGUUCUGGAGCACGGCCGUGACCAUGAGCACCAUCAUGUGGCUUUUGGCUUCGAUCUGGGCGGCUCUACCCUUACCCUUCAUCGGCUGGGGCGUAUUCGACUUCGAGCCCAUGCAUGUUGGCUGCACGUUAGACUACACCAGAGGAGACCGAGAGUACAGGACGUACACGCUGGCGCUCACUUUGCUGUACCUGGCCUUCCCUCUACUCAUCAUGUACUCUUCUUAUUCCUCCAUCUACGCUUACUUCAAAAAAACACACAACUUUAAGUUCAACACCGGUCUGCCCAUAAAGAGCCUGCUGGUGUUUUGGGGUCCGUACGUGGUCAUCUGUCUCUACGCCUGCUUAGAGAACACGAAGGUCCUAUGUCCAAAACUCAGGAUGGUUCUCCCAGUGCUGGCUAAACUAUCUCCCAUCUCCAACGCUUUACUCUACGCGUACGGUAAUGAGUUUUACAGAGACGGAAUCUGGCAGUUCGUCACCGGACAGAAACAAGUUGAUAAGAAGAAAUAA